AAUAUCUUCAUGGAACAUGAUCUUUUUUUGAAAUCCUAGUGAUUUUGGCGUAAAUCAUUAAUUUUGACCCAUACAAUGUAUUGUUGGCUAUUGUUACAACAAAUAUACCCGUGGUACUUAAGACUGGUUUUGUGCUCCAGGGUCACAUUUAAUAAUCUCCUUUGCAAACUAGCUUAAUUGGCGCACCUCUGCGGACUUUUUCAUUAAAAAAAAAAAAAAAAAAAACCUCAAAUAACACUAACACGAGUAUUUUGUACUUUUGGACAUAGUAUCAUGCUGACAAUAAUGUUUUGUCCUGUUUUUGUUGCCUUCCCGAAAAUUUAAGCUAUCAAAGACAGACAUUUAGGAAAUUGAUGAUAAGAAAUGAAAGGCAAAGAACAGAAAUACAGAUGCUCUCAUGACCCACAUUUUAAUAGCAGUGCUUGCUUGUGUACUGAUGUUAAGAACACCUUGCAGAAUGACUGAAACUGAAUGAUAAGUGAUUGUGAACAUCACAAGAGAACUGUAGGAAAAUAAUGUGAUUGUCUUUGUUUGGAAAUAUGCUGAUUAGCAUGUUUACAGGGCAUUCCAGUAGCUGUGGUAGAGCAUAUAAACAUCUUUUUGAUGUAUAUACUUAACCUUAAUCAGAGUGAUGUAUAUGCAAACAUGACUGUCUAUAGUAUUUAGGACCCUGAUUUUUAGGAAAGGUUUUUUUUUUUUUUUUUUUUUUUUUUUUUUUCCAGGCAUUGAAGGGUCAUGCAAAUACCUUAAGUACAAUAAUUUGGUAAUCAUUUAGCACCGAGGGCAUCAUUAAUGUUUUUACCACCUGAUACAAUCAUAACACCACAGCACUUACUUUGUAAGAGACAGAAUAUGUGCUUCACACCUUAAAGCAACUAAUAAAAUAAGCGCCUGUUUUUUUUUUUUUUUAAUCCUUUAAUAAAUAUGCCUUACUAACACCAGAAAGUGAACUUACUCCACUAGCAAGUGAGGAAACAAGAAAUAAAAGAAGCUUGCGACAUGAAGCUGAUCACUUCCUCUCUCUCAGAGCAUGCGCUUGGCUUGUUCUCUAAGAAAAGUUUCAGAUUGCCUCUGCUGGGCUCACAACACAGAAGAACAGUGUUCAUUUGUUCAUUGCUAAUAGUCUUCUGAGGGAGCAUGUCAUUUGUAAGCACUCUCCGUCAGUGGGACGAGGCCGUGGCUUGUGUGGAGCAAAGAGACCCAGCCUCUGCUCUCAGAAUAUUCCUCAACAUCGAGGAGAAAAACUCCAAGAUCUUCUUCAACAUUGGCUGUCUUUAUUUGAACAACAGUGAGUUAGAUGAAGCUGAAAAGGCAUUUGACAGAAGUAUUGGCAAAGACGAGCACCUGGCUGCAGCAUUUUUUCAGAGAGGAGUAACAUUCUACAAAAAGGAAAGGUUUGAAGAGUCUCUUCUGGAUUUCCAGCAGGCGUUCAAGCAGUUACGAGGAAAUCAACUAAUAGAUUACAAACCUCUAGGGCUGAGAUAUAAACUGUAUGCUUGUGAGGUGCUGCACAACAUAGGACUAGUACAGGCUCAGUUGGGAAAAUGGGAGAAAGCUCAAGAGAACCUUCUUACUGCACUAAGCUUGAGGGCAGACGCCAAGUUCAGCCAUAUUGACCAUGCUCUGGAUGCCAUAUUGAAGCAGAAGCUCUUUCCUUUGGUAGAGAUUCGAGCUGGGCUGCUGUUCAAACCCAAUAAGCACUAUGUGGCAGAGCUGGAGAAAAGGGACUAUCUUGGAAAAGCCAAGGUUGUGUCUUCUAUUGUACCUGCAGAUGAGUUUUCUGGGUUUGCUCCACUUCAGCCUCAAGUUGACAAUGUUCCAUCUACACCAAAAGUCCCAGAAGUACUUAGGGUGUUUGAAGGUGAGCCACACACUGUUCUCUAUGAGUUUUACCCUGAGACCAAGGAGGAGCUAGCAGUGUUGCCUGGCAACAUUGUCUUCGUUCUUCAGAAAGGAGCUGACAACUGGGCAUCUGUUGUUUUCAAUGAGAAGCGGGGCCUUGUACCUUAUAACUUCCUUGAACCCCUCGAUAUUGUUACAAUGACAUCAAAACCAAUGCAGAUUGAACAAUUAAAUGAAAACGAUGAUAUACCAGCUCCUCCAAGAAGAGCACCUCCUAGCAUACCAGUGGGUACGGAAGGCCUGAAGACUGUGAACGCAGAGACUAAUAACAUUAGGGACUUCUCAGGCUGCAUUGUGAAAGUGCACUUUCGGUUCACCAUAGCAGUCAGAAUUGCACAUGGACAAUCGUAUGGCAUCAUUCUUCAGACAAUAAGCUCUAAACUUAAGCUGCCUGCAUCAGCGUUAACUUUAUGUUAUGCCAAGGAAGGUGUUGAGGAGAGAGUGAAUCUUGAGGAAUCUGAAAUGGAGGCUGUGUGGAAUAGUGUGAAAGAUAACCGUCUUGCGCUGUGGUGUUCAGUGACUGAGAGUAAAAGUGUGCCUCAUGAGAAAGUGGUGGCUCUGUACUCUUAUGCCUCUUCUACCCCUGAAGACCUGGAUUUCGAACAGGGGAACAUCAUCACGGUUCUUUCCAAAGUCAAUGAUGAGUGGCUUGAGGGUCAAUGCAACGGGAAGGUUGGCAUAUUCCCAUCAUCCUUUGUUAAAGCACUUAAUGGGGAUCAGCAAUGUGAAUGAAUCAUUCAUCCAACAGUUACAACUAAUGUGUUGAUUUGAUCAUUUGGGAGAAACCUGUAGUAUUUUAGGGCCUGUGUUUUAAUUAUUUAAAUUCAUGCCAGAACUUGCUGCUUCACUAUCCCACUUUGGCUGUGCGGUAGUCGUUCCACAUUUCACAUACAGUAUUGAGGUCAUAUUUUUGAAGUCAGGAGAAUGAGUUUUAUUCUGUUUGAAUAUAAAGACAUAAACAAUACAGCAUUCAAUCAAUUUUGAAAUAAUUAUAAUUUUUCUGUUAUUUGCUUUCUAUAAUUUGCAACCACACAAUAGAACACAAUACACAACAGAACAUAACAUUCUUAUAUUUAACGAAUAUUCAUUUACCUUCCUUGAUUUACACACACUCUUUUCAACAGAAUUAAAACAUUUUCCCAGAACAUAUUCUGUAUUAUCACAAUUACAUCCAUUUCAAUAUAUUGAUGCAAUUCAUAUGCUGCGAGUGUGAAAGUAGUUUUUUGAUGAUUUCUUAUGGCAGCGCAAUAAUAAAUGACUUUUAUGAUUUUUGAA